GAACUUCUGUCCUUCCACAAUUGUGGUCUUUUGGCUUCUUUGAUUUCUGGACUAAAGGACUUUUCCUUUUGUUUUUCUCUACUUUUUUCACUCUCAAAGCUCAGACUCAAACUGCUGUAGUGAGGAAAAAAAAAAACAGGCAAAACUAGGAGUUCUUUAAUUCUAGAAAGGGGCUGUGUAACAUUUACCUUGAAGAAAAAUUUACUCCCCAAAGGAGUAUUUAAUAUUACAUAGACACUGACUCACAGAAAGAAGGGAGGGAGGGAGAAAAAGGGAGGGAUGGGAGGGAGGAAAGGAGAGUGAGAGAGAAAGAGAAUGAAAGAAUUCCAACCAGCAAGAAAGAUACACUAAAGAUGAAGGGAAGUUUUGCCUCUUCCUGAAAGUUAUAUUAUUAGUUUUUUUUUUUUUUUUAAAUCAGGAUGACUGCUAGUUUUGUUUAAAGUAUUUGUUCUGGAAAUACUAAAACUGGAGUCUACCAGACUGAGGUUAGGAGCAUUUUCUUUGGCAGCAAAAAGAUACUUUUAUAGAAGCCAUGCCUGUUCUUGGGGUUGCCUCAAAACUGAGACAGCCAGCUGUUGGGUCAAAGCCUAUUCAUACUGCUCUUCCGAUACCAAAUCUUGGCACUACUGGGUCACAGCAUUAUUCUUCAAGACCUUUGGAACUGGCUGAAACAGAGAGCUCAAUGCUUUCUUGUCAGCUCACAUUACAGUCAACCUGUGAAUUUGGAGAGAAGAACCCUAUCCAAGGAAAAGCCAAGGAGAAAGAAGACAGCAAGAUUUACACUGACUGGGCCAACCACUACCUAGCAAAAUCAGGCCACAAGCGGCUGAUCAAGGAUUUGCAACAGGACAUUGCAGAUGGAGUGCUGCUAGCAGACAUCAUUCAGAUCGUUGCAAAUGAAAAAGUUGAAGAUAUCAAUGGAUGUCCUAGAAGUCAGUCUCAGAUGAUUGAAAAUGUUGAUGUCUGCCUUAGUUUUCUAGCAGCCAGAGGAGUUAAUGUUCAAGGCCUAUCUGCUGAAGAAAUAAGAAAUGGAAACUUAAAAGCCAUUCUAGGACUGUUUUUCAGUUUGUCUCGCUACAAACAGCAACAACACCAUCAACAACAGUAUUACCAGUCCUUGGUGGAACUUCAGCAACGAGUCACUCACACUUCCCCACAGUCGGAAGCCAGUCAGGCCAAAACCCAGCAAGAUAUGCAGUCCAGUCUGACAGCCAGAUAUGCACCUCAGUCUAAUCUCAGUGGAAUUGCAACCAGUCCAAAAAAGCCUACUAGGCUUCCAGGGCCCUCUCGGGUGCCAGCUGCAGGGAGCAGCAGCAAGGCCCAAGGAGCCUCCAAUCUAAAUAGAAGAAGUCAAAGCUUCAACAGCAUUGACAAAAACAAGCCUCCAAAUUAUGCAAAUGGGAAUGAAAAAGAUUCUUCCAAAGGACCUCAGCCAUCUUCAGGUAUAAAUGGUAACGUGCAGCCUCCCGGCACUGCUGGGCAGCCUCCUGCCUCUGCCAUCCCUUCUCCAAGUGCCAGCAAGCCUUGGCGCAGCAAGUCCAUGAACGUCAAGCACAGUGCUACUUCCACCAUGCUGACCGUGAAGCAGUCAAGCCCAGCCACCUCUCCCACACCAUCUUCAGACAGACUUAAGCCACCUGUCUUAGAAGGGGUCAAAUCUGCUCCCUCAGGACAAAAAUCUAUGCUUGAAAAAUUCAAGUUAGUUAACACCCGGACUGCAUUACGCCCCCCGCAGUCCCCCAGUUUAGGACCUAAUGAUGGUGGAAAGGAUGAUGACACCUUUUCCGAAUCUGGUGAUAUGGAAUGCUUUAACAGUGGUCUGAAUAGUGGUGGCUCAACUAAUAGCAGUCCCAAAGUGUCACCUAAAUUGGCCCCUCCAAAAGCUGGAAACAAAAAUCUGAGCAAUAAGAAGUCUUUGCUACAGCCAAAAGAAAAAGAAGAAAAGAACAGAGAUAAAAGUAAAGUUUGCACUGAAAAGCCAGCAAAGGAAGACAAGGAUCAGGUGACUGAGACAGCUCCAAAAAAGACCUCUAAAAUUGCGAGCUUGAUUCCAAAGGGCAGCAAGACGACAGCAGCCAAGAAGGAAAGCUUAAUUCCAUCUUCCAGUGGGAUUCCAAAACCAGGCUCAAAAGUGCCAACAGCAAAGCAAACCACUUCACCUGGCAGUUCAGUGAGCAAAGAGUCUGAAAAAUUCAGGACUACCAAGGGAAGUCCUUCCCAGUCCUUAACCAAGCCUGUAACCAGUGAGAAAGCAAGCACAUCCAGCUGCCCUGCUCCCCUGGAGGGAAGGGAAAGUGGCCACGCUCCUCCCUCUAGUUCCUGUACUGUGCCACCAGCACAGAGUGGUGGACAGAGCACGGGAAAUGGUGCAGUCCAACUUCCUCAGCAGCAGCAGCACAGCCACCCGAACAUGGCCACAGUGGCUCCAUUCAUUUACAGAGCACAUUCAGAAAAUGAAGGAACCUCUUUACCGUCUGCUGACUCCUGUACCAGUCCCACAAAGAUGGACUCACCAUAUAGUAAGACUGCUAAGCAGUGCUUGGAGGAGAUAUCUGGUGAAGACCCUGAAACAAGAAGAAUGCGAACAGUUAAAAACAUAGCAGAUCUGAGGCAGAAUUUAGAAGAGACUAUGUCCAGUCUUCGUGGGACCCAGAUAAGCCACAGCACCCUAGAGACAACAUUUGACAGCACUGUGACCACAGAAGUGAAUGGAAGGACCAUACCCAACUUGACAAGUCGACCCACUCCCAUGACCUGGAGGCUGGGUCAGGCGUGUCCUCGACUGCAGGCAGGAGAUGCUCCCUCCAUGGGUGCUGGCUACCCUCGCAGUGGUACCAGUCGAUUCAUCCACACAGACCCCUCAAGGUUCAUGUACACAACACCUCUCCGUAGAGCUGCUGUCUCUCGCCUGGGGAACAUGUCACAAAUUGACAUGAGUGAGAAAGCAAGCAGUGACCUAGACAUGUCUUCUGACGUAGAUGUUGGGGGAUACAUGAGUGAUGGUGAUAUCCUUGGGAAAAGUCUCAGGACUGAUGACAUCAACAGUGGGUAUAUGACAGACGGAGGGCUCAACCUAUAUACUAGAAGUCUAAACCGAGUCCCCGACACAGCAUCUUCCAGGGAUGUUGUCCAGAGAGGCGUUCAUGAUGUGACAGUGGAUGCAGACAGCUGGGAUGACAGCAGUUCAGUGAGCAGCGGUCUCAGUGACACCUUGGAUAACAUCAGCACUGAUGACCUGAACACCACAUCCUCAGUCAGCUCUUACUCCAACAUCACUGUGCCUUCCAGGAAAAACACUCAGCUGAAGACAGAUGCAGAGAAGCAUACUACAAUAGAUGAGACCUGGGACAGUCCUGAGGAGCUGAAAAAAACAGAAGAGGAAUUUGACAGUCAUAGUGAAGGAGCUGGCAAGUGGAAGGGGGGCUCCUCAGGACUUCCUGAAGACCCUGAGAAGGGAGGGCAGAAAUCUUCCCUGUCCAUAUCACAGACGGGCUCCUGGAGGAGAGGCAUGUCUGCCCAGGGAGGACCACCGGCUAGGCAGAAAGCUGGCACAAGUGCACUCAAGACUCCUGGGAAAACUGAUGAUGCCAAAGUUUGUGAGAAAGGGAAAACUCCUCUGAAAGGAUCGUCCCUGCAACGGUCUCCAUCAGAUGCAGGAAAAAGCAGCGGAGAUGAGGGGAAAAAGCCCCCCUCAGGCAUCGGAAGAUCCACAGCCACCAGCUCUUUUGGAUUUAAGAAGCCAAGUGGGGUAGGGUCUUCCACUAUGAUCACUAGCAGUGGAGCGACCAUAACAAGUGGCUCAGCAACGCUGGGUAAAAUUCCCAAGUCUGCUGCCAUUGGUGGGAAGUCAAAUGCAGGGAGGAAAACCAGUUUGGAUGGUUCACAGAAUCAGGAUGAUGGUGUGCUACAUGUGAGCUCAAAGACCACCCUACAGUACCGCAGCUUGCCCCGCCCUUCAAAAUCCAGCACCAGUGGCAUUCCAGGACGAGGUGGCCACAGAUCCAGUACCAGCAGUAUUGACUCCAAUGUCAGCAGCAAGUCAGCUGGUGCCACUACCUCGAAACUGAGGGAACCCACUAAGAUUGGCUCAGGACGCUCGAGUCCCGUAACUGUCAACCAAACAGACAAGGAGAAGGAAAAAGUAGCAGUCUCAGAUUCAGAUAGUGUUUCUUUGUCAGGGUCCCCCAAAUCCAGUCCCACCUCUGCCAGUGCCUGUGGUACACAAGGGCUCAGGCAGCCAGGGUCCAAGUAUCCAGAUAUUGCUUCACCUACAUUUAGAAGGUUGUUUGGUGCCAAGGCAGGUGGCAAAUCUGCCUCUGCACCUAAUACCGAGGGUGUGAAAUCCUCCUCAGUAGUGCCCAGCCCUAGUACCACAAUAGCGCGGCAAGGCAGUCUGGAGUCACCGUCGUCUGGUACGGGCAGCAUGGGCAGUGCUGGUGGGCUGAGUGGCAGCAGCAGCCCUCUCUUCAAUAAACCCUCAGACUUAACUACAGAUGUAAUAAGCUUAAGUCACUCCUUGGCUUCCAGCCCAGCAUCGGUUCACUCUUUCACAUCAGGUGGUCUUGUGUGGGCUGCCAAUAUGAGCAGUUCCUCUGCCGGCAGCAAGGACACUCCGAGUUACCAGUCCAUGACUAGUCUCCAUACGAGCUCUGAGUCCAUUGACCUGCCCCUCAGCCAUCAUGGCUCCCUGUCUGGACUGACCACAGGCACUCACGAGGUUCAGAGCCUGCUCAUGAGAACGGGUAGUGUGAGAUCUACUCUCUCAGAAAGCAUGCAGCUUGACAGAAAUACACUACCCAAAAAGGGACUAAGAUAUACCCCAUCAUCUCGGCAGGCCAACCACGAAGAAGGCAAAGAGUGGUUGCGUUCUCAUUCCACUGGAGGGCUGCAGGAUACUGGCAACCGGUCGCCUCUGGUCUCCCCUUCUGCCAUGUCAUCUUCUGCCACAGGAAAAUACCACUUUUCUAACUUGGUAAGUCCAACCAAUCUAUCUCAGUUUAACCUCCCUGGACCCAGCAUGAUGCGCUCAAACAGCAUCCCAGCCCAAGACUCUUCUUUUGAUCUCUACGAUGAUUCCCAACUCUGUGGGAGUGCCACUUCUCUGGAGGAAAGGCCACGUGCCAUCAGUCAUUCAGGCUCAUUCAGAGACAGCAUGGAAGAAGUUCAUGGUUCUUCAUUAUCAUUGGUCUCCAGCACUUCUUCUCUUUACUCUACGGCUGAAGAAAAGGCUCAUUCAGAGCAAAUCCAUAAGCUACGCAGAGAGCUGGUUGCAUCACAGGAGAAAGUUGCUACUCUCACAUCUCAACUUUCAGCAAAUGCUCACCUCGUAGCAGCUUUUGAAAAGAGUCUAGGGAAUAUGACUGGUCGAUUGCAAAGUCUAACCAUGACAGCAGAACAAAAGGAAUCUGAACUCAUAGAACUACGAGAAACCAUUGAAAUGCUGAAGGCCCAGAACUCUGCUGCCCAGGCAGCCAUUCAGGGAGCCCUGAAUGGUCCAGACCAUCCUCCCAAAGACCUCCGCAUCCGAAGACAGCAUUCAUCAGAAAGUGUUUCUAGUAUCAACAGUGCCACAAGCCAUUCCAGCAUUGGUAGUGGCAAUGAUGCUGACUCCAAGAAAAAGAAAAAGAAAAACUGGGUGAACUCUAGAGGAAGUGAGCUGAGAAGUUCUUUCAAACAAGCCUUUGGGAAGAAAAAGUCCACCAAGCCUCCUUCCUCACACUCGGACAUUGAAGAGCUUACUGAUUCCUCCCUUCCAGCCUCCCCCAAGCUGCCCCAUAAUGCUGGUGACUGCGGCUCAGCCUCCAUGAAGCCAUCCCAGUCUGCCUCAGCGAUCUGUGAAUGCACAGAGGCUGAGGCAGAGAUAAUUUUGCAGCUGAAGAGUGAGCUCAGAGAAAAGGAAUUAAAAUUAACAGAUAUUCGGCUAGAGGCCCUCAGCUCUGCUCAUCAUCUUGAUCAGAUCCGGGAAGCCAUGAACCGGAUGCAGAAUGAAAUUGAAAUACUGAAGGCUGAAAAUGACCGGUUGAAGGCUGAAACUGGUAACUUAGCUAAGCCUGCUCGACCACCAUCAGAUUCCUCAAGCACUGCAUCCUCUUCUUCCUCCCGGCAGUCCUUAGGGCUUUCCCUCAACAACCUGAACAUCACAGAGUCUGUUACUUCAGAUAUUUUGCUAGAUGACACUGGUGAUACAACUGGACAUAAGGAUGGCCGCAGUGUGAAAAUCAUAGUUUCCAUCAGCAAGGGCUACAGUCGAACAAAGGACCAGAAGUCUCAGGCAUACUUGAUAGGAUCCAUUGGUGUUAGUGGUAAAACCAAGUGGGAUGUCUUAGAUGGUGUAAUUAGACGUCUCUUUAAGGAAUAUGUGUUCCGAAUUGAUACAUCCUCUAGUCUUGGUCUGAGCUCUGACUGUAUUGCUAGCUACUGUAUAGGAGAUUUAAUUAGGUCCCAUAACCUAGAAGUGCCUGAACUGCUGCCUUGUGGAUACCUUGUUGGGGAUAAUAACAUCAUCACUGUGAACCUGAAAGGGGUAGAAGAAAACAGUUUGGAUAGUUUUGUUUUUGAUACACUGAUUCCUAAAUCAAUUACUCAAAGGUACUUUAACUUGUUGAUGGAGCAUCACAGAAUUAUACUCUCAGGACCAAGUGGUACUGGAAAGACCUAUUUAGCAAACAAACUUGCUGAAUAUGUAAUAACCAAAUCUGGGAGGAAAAAGACAGAGGAUGCAAUUGCCACUUUUAAUGUGGACCACAAGUCAAGUAAGGAAUUACAGCAGUAUCUAGCUAACUUGGCGGAGCAGUGCAGUGCUGAUAAUAAUGGUGUAGAGCUCCCUGUUGUAAUAAUUCUUGAUAACCUUCAUCAUGUGGGCUCUUUGAGUGAUAUCUUCAAUGGUUUUCUCAACUGUAAAUACAACAAAUGUCCAUAUAUUAUUGGAACAAUGAAUCAGGGAGUUUCUUCAUCACCCAAUCUAGAGCUUCAUCACAAUUUCAGAUGGGUAUUAUGUGCAAACCACACAGAACCAGUGAAAGGCUUUUUAGGGAGAUAUCUUCGAAGGAAACUCAUAGAGAUGGAAAUUGAAAGGAACAUGCGCAAUAAUGACCUAGUCAAAAUUAUAGAUUGGAUCCCUAAAACAUGGCAUCAUCUCAAUAGUUUUUUGGAAACGCACAGUUCUUCUGAUGUUACCAUUGGUCCUAGACUUUUCCUUUCUUGCCCUAUGGAUGUAGAAGGUUCUAGAGUGUGGUUCAUGGAUCUCUGGAACUAUUCUUUGGUACCUUAUAUUCUGGAGGCAGUGAGAGAAGGUCUUCAGAUGUAUGGGAAGCGUGCACCAUGGGAAGAUCCCUCAAAGUGGGUCCUUGACACAUACCCAUGGAGCUCAGUAUCUCAACCUCAGGAGGGCCCUGCAUUACUUCAGUUGCGACCAGAAGAUGUUGGGUAUGAGGGUUGCACAUCUGCUAAGGAAGCCACAACCUCAAAGCACAUUCCUCAGACUGACACGGAAGGGGACCCUCUGAUGAAUAUGCUAAUGAAACUCCAAGAAGCAGCCAAUUACUCGGGCACACAAAGCUGCGACAGUGAUAGCACCAGCCACCAUGAAGACAUUUUGGAUUCAUCUCUUGAAUCCACCCUCUAGAGUGUGAAAAAGUUAGGGGAAAAGACAAUGCUUUUAAAAAGUGUUUAAAAACAAAGGUAUUUUCACUAAACCACUGCCAGUAUGAAAAGUCCCCUGUCCAGGGCCCUGACCCAGAGUCGUGGUCGCCAAGGAGGCAGCAGAGCAAGUCUAAACCGCCAAGAUGCUAAAUUGAAAUGGGAACAGGCAUUUUUAUAUCCAUGGAGUAAUAGAAAGCUCCAUUGCUCAACUAGAAAGGACCCUAAUGACAGGGCAACUAAACAGAUUGCACAUGAGUUAGCCAAACUGGACGUUAUUUUCUUCCUCUUUAAAAGUUUACAACGAAAACCUUUUUUUGUCCCUUCCUUCUGUUUCCUCCAAGGGUCUGUUCUCCCCAGGGAGGGUCCAUUCUUCUGAUCUGUCCAACCUCCUUUGUGCCACAUGGUGCUGGUCACAGGGCUCCAGUAGUGUUUGUGUUGUGUGCUCACCCCAUUCCAGAAUGAAUCUGAGAGGCCAGUCCUCUGUAAGCACAAAUGGAAUUGUGCAACCACUAGAAGAACACUACUGUGGCAAACUGGAGAAGUGCCAACUUCAUUCUAACUGCCAUGUUCUCAUGAUGUGCUCCACCAACUUUUUAGUGUCUGAGUCACAGGUUUUAUAAGGUUGUUUUUACCACAGUGGUCUUUUUAAACCACCUGCCCACUCCCUUAACAAGAGUUUUAUACCAAUUAUUAGUCAACACUGACAAAAGGCUUUUUUAGGGCUUUAUUUGUUUGAGCCUUUUCAGUGAAAGAAGGAACAUUUCCUAUGGUGCUGUCUCACUGCCUUAAAACAGAUUUCUACAACAACUUAAUAGUUGGUUUAAAUCCUGAACCAUUGGUAAUUUCCACUGUCUUUUCAUUUACAAUCAAGCAACACCAGUUAACACAGCAGCCUCAUCUCUUUAUAUUGUUUUCUUUUUCUUUCUUUUUUUAAAGAAAUGGAUAGGAGAAAGAUCAGUAUUUUUACCUUGUGAGUAGAUUGCCUUGCCUAUCCUCCAAAUGAUUUGAGUACCCUAGAAACCCUCUUUGACCGUCACUUAAAAAGCAAAAAUAUGUGGCUAAAUUCCAUCCAGUUCUAAGUGAAAGAGUUUCAGAAGGUGGGAGAUGUUGAAUUUUGAUCCAGCAGAGCUGGAAAUGCUAGAUGCAGCAUGAGCACAACUAUUUGGCUUUCCUUCCCUAUUCUUUAUUUUUUUUUUUAAAUUAGUUUGGACGCAUGUUGUUUUGAUUGCUAUUGUUGUACGUGAGAAAUUCAGCAUUAAAGAACACUGAAGCAGUACAGUCACUGUGGAAGAGAAAGCGUUUAUACUGUAAAAGAAGGUUAGAUUUGCACAGUCUACUGGGUAGGUAUUGUAAAUAAUAAUAUUUCAAACUUGCACAAAUUGAAACAAACACAAUAAAAAUUGUAUUUUAUCCUGUUGGUGUUAAGAGGUGUUUCACUUGCUGAGAUUUCCUGUAUGUUGCAAACAAAUACAGAAUACAAACCCUCAAAGCUGUUAUUAUCUGGUGUGUUUGUCCUGUAUUUACAGUUGUUAUGACUAUGCAGGAACUAUCAGUGCUAGAGUGAGCAUGCUUCAAAACUGUACAUGAAGCCAGUACAUUUUUGGAUAAGUAAAACUGUCUGAAAGUACAUCUGUUGUGGCAGGCUUUAAAGAGAGUGCAUGAAAAUUGAUCCGAGACAUUGGAGAAGUUACCACCACACACCAAGGACAGGUUUUAAGUUUAUGAAACCCAAGGACUAGGCCAUGGUAUAGACUCGUUCUAUGCAUGUGAAAAUGUGCUAUUUUUAAGGAUGUGUAACUGGUGCUACCCUCUGUGACCACCCAUGGGUCAGAUGCUAUAGAACAAUAACAGCAACACAAGACAUUUGUUCAGUUUUCAGAGCGUCACUAAGUAUAUAGUCCUUACACGGUGCUAUUGCCCUGAGGGAAAUCUGAACUGAAUUUAUGCACAUAGAACUGUCACCCUGACUUUGAAGCGUCAAACAUGGAUCAAAUCUGUUGUGCAACAUCAAUAUAUGUAGCUGGAUGAGUGACUAGUUGCCCUUGUAUAAUAUGUGAUCUAGGAAAAUUGCUAAUCUUUCCCUGCCAUUUUGAGAAACACAGUCCAAACAUGAGCAUAAACAGAACUUCCUGCAAUACAUCCCAGUAGGUCCACCUAGUUUACAACUUAAACUAGUUUGUGAAACAUUUGUCUGUAUACAUUUUAUAUUUUGUACAUUUUUGAUGUAACAUAUCAUGUAAAUAGGCAGAAAUAGUGAAAUAAAUCAUCUGAAAAGUUUUGUAGUCUUUGUAAAGCCCCAACAAUAAGUACUUGGUGUCAAUGGACUUAACUGGAUGAUGUAUUUUCUAUUGGUUUAUUGUUCCUCUAGCUUGUAAACCAGCUUGCAUAUAUUUUUUUGCAAAUGUGCACCCUGUAUCUGUCUAAAUUAUUACUUUGCCAUUAAAGUGGAAUUAU